CAAUCUUUCCAAAUAUCAUACACUUAAUACUUUUUAAAAUUUAGUUAUUGAAUUUUAGAUAAACAAAUACUUUUUAAAAUUAAAAAAAAUCAAAUAAAAAAGAAGUGAUUUAUUCAUUCUUUCCUAUCCUUUCCUUUUUGUAUUCUUUAUUUUUUGAUUUUUUCAUGUGAUCAAUUGUUGGAGAACUCCCCCAUUCUGUACUAUCUCCCUCUCCAACGCUAAAACUCCCAUCAAGCAUUAAAGCAGGAAAGUCUACGAGCAAAGCUUUUGCUUGAAACAAGCCUUAUUAUAUGAGAUGAAACUCCAAUGUUGAAAAAUUUUUGUUUCGAAGCUCUAGAUGUUACACUCUCAGAUUUAAUGAGGUUGAAAAAUGAAGACCACAUACAUUAACCUUUUGGAGGAAAAGUAGUAAUACUUGGAGGUAAUUUUAGACAAAUACUUCAUAAAUUCUUCAUCAUUGUGGAAGCAUUUCAAAGUUAAGAAAUUGUCUAAGAACAAGCGACUAACCCCACCUAAGACGGCCGAUGAAGCAAAAGAAAUCAAAGUUUCUAUAUUGGAUUCUUAAAAUUGAAAAUGACGAUCAUUCUGAUUCCGGAGUAGGAGAGUAUGAUGUUCAAAUCCGGCUAGAUCUGCUCAUCCCAAUUAGUCCGGACCCAUUAAUGGAAUUGAUUAAAUAUACAUAUCCUGACCUUUCUCACAAAAUGAAAGACCCGCAAUUCUUUCAAGAUAGAGAAAUAUUAGCUCAUACACUGAAGGCUGUUGAAAUGAUAAACACUUACAUGCUUGGCACGAUAGCUGCAUAGAACAUGAAUAUCUGAGCUCCGACUCUUCCUUGCGAUCUGAUGAGGAUUCUGAAAUCCGAGGUGAGUGGUUUACCACAGAAUUUUGAACGACACUAGAGGUUCAGGAAUGCCAAACCACAGACUACCUUUCCUAUUUAUUGUUUUCGUUUUUCAGGUUUGUGUCUAAACCCUAACUCGGAUUUUGCACAUACAAACACGCGUGAUGCUUCUCCCUAAGUCUGGCAAUCCAAAUCAUGUGGAUGUUUACCCAAGGUGGCCAUUUAUUUGAUUCCAGCCGCCCCUCAACCUUACCCGAGGUUGAUGAUGUUUUAGCUGUUAACCCUUCAAAGGAUACUUGGACUAUUGUUGUGAAAGUGAACCGAAUGUGGGUCAGUCCUUGCUUCGGUGGAUCAAAGUUGCCGUUCUCAAUGGAAUUAGUUUUCAUGGAUGCCAAGGGUUGUAAGAUCCAUGCUACUGUGCGGAAGUCCCUGUUGUAUAGGUUUCAGCCUUUGAUCACAGAGGGUCGUGUCUAUCAGAUAUCGUACUUUAGUGUUGGUGAAAAUGGUGGCGAGUUCAGGACAACAAUGCAUACUUAUAAGAUUAACUUUGAGAUGCACACCACUGUGAGAUUGGCCACAAACACUCUGAUAACCAUGAGUCCUUAUUCUUUCACUCCUCUUUCUGACAUCCGGUUCAAUGUACUAGAUUCGUCUUAUCUGACAGGUCCAGUGGCGAGCAAGAAUUUGAAAAGGAUGGAAAACUGGAAAAGAGAAUUACUCUUGAUCUUUUGCAAGAGGUGUUCGUCUUGAGUGUGCAUUCUUUGGAAAAUAUGUACCAGAGAUUCUUGGACAAUUAGCAUCCGG